UUCAGUGUCCAAAGUCUUUCAGGAUAAUGAAAGUACUCUGGAAUCUGUUUUCAGGCGGGUAGACAGUGUGGUAAAAUCUUUGACUAAGUUGUGCAGCCCCUUGAAGCUGACCAGACUCAUGUCUGAGGUGGAGGAAAGGGAUGGGACAGUGCUGUGGAAGGGAUCCACAUUGCACAUGGGAAGAGCACAGCGUGGUAGACCAUCAGAUCUUGCUGCACAUAGGGGAGAAGUCAUCAGAGAUUGUCAGCAGAUUCUCAAUUCAACUUUACAUCAUCUCGGUCGUAGAUUUGAUGCUUUGCUCAGUCAGUCUGUACUCUCUGCAGCAAGAGUCUUCCAGUUCUCCAGCUGGCAACAGGAAGAUGAAGAGGAGGAAGAGGAUGACACUGAAGAUGACAUUGAGGAAGACAAACUGAGGAAAAUCUACAGACACUUCCAAAGACCACUGGAAGUGAAUGGGUUUGAGCUUGAAAGUGCCUUAAGAGAGUGGCAUGAGCUGAAAAGAGUUUGCAGGACCCAGCUGUCCGGUAUGCGAAGACCGCCAUCAUUUAAGGACUUUUGGGUGAUGAUGUUAAGGCGCGAGGAACAAGAGUACAGGAAUGUGUUCCAACUACUUCGCCUGGUACUGACAAUCCCCAUACAUACGGCGGAGUGUGAGAGGUCGUUUUCGCUAAUGAAUCGAGUCAAAACAGACUGGCGGUCUUGUCUUGCCCCUGCAUGUCUCACAAGCCUGAUGGCAAUAUCAUUGAGUGAACAAUCAGUUGAAACAUUUGACCCUGUGCCUGCCAUAAGGCUGUGGUGGACAGCAGGGAGGCGACGACCUUCAACUGCCCCUUAUGGGCCCAGACCACGUGGUGAGACUGAAACUCCCAUUUCAGAUUCAACAAGCUCAGAAGAGGAACAGUAAGGUUUGUAAGUAGGGUUUUCUACCUAAUUCUAUGCUAUUUUAUGUGGUGCACCCAAAAAUUUUUUGGUGCACCCAAUUUUUUUGGUUGGGUGCACCAGUGCACCUAAUCCCAAAAAUGAAUUUCGA